GCUGAAAUCUCUGUAGGACGGACUAGAAGUGGAAUACUGUUAAAGUCACGAUAAACUACGUAUAGCGUGCUGAGAGCUCAUAUGUAAUUAAAUGAAUACACAUGAGCUGAAAAACUGCGUAGAUCUGCUUUAACUGCCGAGAACAUUACCUAGCCGGCUAUUACUGCUAACUAGCUAUUCGCGCAUGUGCUGUUGGGCUUCAGUGACUUAUCUUGACUGUAGAAGCUGAAAUGUGAAUCUUUGUAAAAAGUUACAGUUGCAUAAAAAGCAGGCAUAUGGCCGGGGUAACAGUGUAGCUAGUUAAAGUGGGGCAGGUGGCGCAGUAAAACAGACAGGGUCAAACUUUUCUGUUUUUCUCAGAAGACGCAGAUCUGGCUGCGUAUUAAGGUGUGUUUGUCAGUGUGCGUGUGUGCGUGUGUGUAAGAAGGUAAACUAACUGUGUCUGCUCUGAAGAUGAGGCUGAGCGGUGUGCUCGUGUGUCUGUUGCUACUUUGGGUUGACGGGUCCUGGGGUGACACACCGGCCAACUGCACCUAUGAGGAGCUACUGGGGACAUGGGUGUUUCAGGUGUCCAAAGGAGGACACGACAAUACCAUUAACUGCUCCGCUGAAGCUACAGGCCAGAGCACAGUGACGGUGACCCUGGAGAAACUGUCUGUAGCCACAGAUGAGCUGGGGCACAUCGGCUUCUUUACCCUCAUCUACAACCAGGGCUUUGAAGUGGUCAUUAAUGGGUACAAAUGGUUUGCCUUCUUCAAGUACACUGAAGAUGGCCCUAAGGUGACCAGCUACUGUGACCAGACCCUGCCAGGGUGGGUCCAUGAUGUUCUGGGAAACAACUGGGCCUGUUUUGUGGGGAAGAGAGUGAACUCAGUACCACUCAAAAUAGAUUACAAACCAGUUUUCAGCAGCAGUAGGCUGCACCAGAAGCCCUACAAACACAACCUGGACUUCAUUGAUUCCAUUAACUCUGUUCAGAAAUCGUGGAAGGCUGCGCCCUACCCAGAGCAUGAGAUGUACACUCUGAAGGAGCUGCACUACCGAGCAGGGGGGCCCGCCUCCCGUAUCCCUGUGCGUGUUCGUUCUAUGCCUGUGAAAGCUGAUUUAGCCAAGAUGGCGGCAGCUCUACCUGAGCACUGGGACUGGAGGAACGUUGACGGCGUUAACUUUGUCACCCCUGUGCGAAACCAAGCAUCAUGCGGAAGCUGCUACUCUUUUGCCUCCAUGGGAAUGCUGGAAGCUCGUGUUCGAAUCCUCACCAACAACACUGAGACUCCCAUCCUCAGCCCGCAACAAGUGGUCUCCUGUUCUGAAUAUUCUCAAGGUUGCGAUGGUGGGUUCCCAUACCUGAUUGGGAAGUAUGUGCAGGAUUUCGGCGUUGUGGAUGAGUCAUGCUUUCCAUAUGUUGCAAAGGACACUCCGUGUGGCGUUCCUCAAAACUGUGGCCGCAUUUACACCGCAGAAUACAACUACGUCGGUGGAUUUUAUGGGGGCUGCAGUGAGAUGGCAAUGAUGUUGGAACUGGUCAAGAAUGGACCCAUGGGGGUCGCCUUUGAGGUCUAUCCUGACUUCAUGCACUAUAAGGAGGGCAUCUACCACCACACAGGCCUUGCAGACCCCUUCAAUCCCUUUGAGCUGACCAACCAUGCCGUGCUUUUGGUGGGGUAUGGCCGCUGCCACAUGACCGGACAGAAGUACUGGAUUGUCAAGAACAGCUGGAGCACCGGCUGGGGCGAGGACGGCUACUUCCGAAUUCGCCGGGGCAGUGACGAGUGUGCCAUUGAGAGCAUUGCAGUUGCAGCGAACCCCAUUCCCAAACUGUAGAAGCUGUAAACUCAGGAUGAAAGGAAUGAGUGGUUUUAACAGCUGGGCACUGUUGAUGUAGUAAAUGUAGGCAACUAUAAUCUUACAUUAGUGAAAAGCAUAAAUACUUUUGUUUUAUGGUUUGUUUCUAAAAGUAUUGACACUUACCACUUACAGCAGAUUUUUAAUUUGAGGGAAACAGUUACCCUGCUCUUAUGAUGCCAUGAAUUUAGCAUGUCAGCCUACCACAUUGUUUUAAAAAAAUGUUUCCUGAUUAAAACAAUCACUGAUUAGCUGCAUAUAAACUAUUUUAAUUAAAGCUGUAACUGCCGACAUAAACUUGGAAUCAAAAUGCAUCAGUACACACAUGAGAGGAGUCAGUGUUUGUUUGAUUCUUUGUCUCAGGGAAGCAACAGUGGAUAAUUGUAAUAUCUUCUGUCCUUGCAUCAAAUUGACACCAUGACUGCCAUGUUUCUCUGUGGGGCAAUUUGUCUGUGUUCCCUGUGGGCCAUUUUAAAGGGAAUUCUUAAUCAAUCGAUAAAGGGAUGUUACUGAUUGUAGUGCCUUUUAUUCUGAUUUGCACUGUUUUUCUUAAAUUGGACAGAUUAAAAGCAUUUUUAAAUGUC